AUGUGUGGUUUUGGUGACAAGGACCGUCGACCAAUCACUCCACCACCAUGUGUCCGUCUCAUCGUUAGGGACGCUGACACGCACCAGGAGGUGGAUCCAGCUGUAAUUGAUACGACGUUCUUCGUUCUCACUGUGGACCUUUGGAAUGCUGAAGGCGAUCGUGAAGUCAACCUUGUUAGACACUCGGCUACUUCACCUUCCAUCUCAACUGCUACAUCUUCUUCUUUCCCACCACCAACCCAAAGUGUAGCCCCAGCCGCCCCAUCUUACCCGCCUUACCAGGCCCAGGGCAUGUACCAGCAGCAACAGCCCCCAUACCCUUACUAUCCCACCCAACACUACCCCGGUCAGCAGGGAAUGCCAUACGGCGCCCCUACAGGACCACCGCAGAGCUACUAUCCCAACGUGAAUCAGGGAUACUACCAACAGCAGGCACAGCCUGUCGUGCACCAUCUUCCUCCAGCUCCUGUUGGCAUGUUCACGCGCAAUUUGAUCGGAAGUCUGAGCGCGAGUGCUUUCAAGCUUACUGACACUCCUGGAAAGCUUGGCAUCUGGUUCAUCCUUCAGGACUUGAGCGUUCGUACGGAGGGCAUGUUCAGGUUAAAAAUGAAUUUCGUCAAUGUCGGAACCAGCCAGCAAUCCAUCAGCCAGCAGUCCGCCAACGGCUCAGGAUCACCGCCAGUGCUGAACCACGGUUCUGCCCCAGUUCUUGCAUCCGUCUACUCAGACGUGCUGCAGGUCUUCUCGGCCAAGAAAUUCCCCGGUGUCAUCGAGAGCACACCAUUAAGCAAGUGUUUUGCGCUCCAGGGUAUCAAGAUUCCUAUUCGCAAAGAUGGUAUCAAGGGUGGCAGAGGCGGUGGCCCGCCAAUGGUUAUCAAGGGUGAUGAUGCCGAUGGCGAGGAUUACGAUGAGUAA